CGCGCCCGCCGCACGGCAGCGCCGUCUCCCUGGGACGCGCGCGGGCUCCGCGGCGCGGGAGCCGGGCGGGAGGCCAUGGCGCGGCGCGCAGCGAGGUAACCCGCCGGACGCGAGGAGCGCAGGGCCGCCAUGGCCCGGCGGCGGCGCCGCGCCUGCAUCGCGCUGUUCCUGGUGCUGCUCUUCGCCUUCGGCACGCUCAUGGGCCUGCGCACGCUCAAGGCUCCGGACGGACUCCCGGCGCUGGGCCCGGGCCUGGAGGUGGCGUCCUUUGAGCGACGCCCGGAGGGGGCCCCCGCACCCGCCGCCCGGGACCCGGCCGCCCCCGCCGCGCCGCCGCCGCCGCCGCCCCCGCCCCGCACCGUGGGCCCGGGCAGUCCCCCGGGACCGGCCCCCGCAGAGGCCGAGCCGGCUCCUAAACAGAGUCUGCGCGUCUACUCGGACUUGCACGCCUUCUACUAUUCGUGGUAUGGGAGCCCGCGGCGCGAGGGCCACUACAUUCACUGGGACCACGUCAUGGUGCCGCACUGGGACCCCAAGAUCUCGGCCAGCUACCCCCGCGGCCGCCAUAGUCCCCCGGACGACUUGGGCUCCAGCUUCUACCCAGAGCUGGGGCCCUACAGCUCCCGGGACCCCGACGUGCUGCGGGAGCACAUGACCCAGCUCAAGGAAGCCGCCAUCGGUGUCCUGGUCCUGUCCUGGUACCCACCUGGCAUGGCUGAUGACAAUGGGGAGCCCUCAGAUGACCUGGUGCCCGCCAUUUUGGACACCGCCCACCAGUACGACAUCCAGGUGGCCUUUCACAUCCAGCCCUACAAGGGCCGGGACGAUGUCACUCUGCAUGACAACAUCAAGUACAUCGUUGACACGUACGGCUCCCACGGCGCAUUCUACCGCUAUAAGAACAGCAUGGGGAAGAGCCUCCCACUCUUCUACAUCUACGACUCCUACCUGACAACCCCCGAGGCCUGGGCCCAUCUGCUGACACCAAAUGGGCCCCACUCAAUCCGCAACACCCCCUAUGAUGGGGUCUUCAUAGCGCUGCUGGUGGAGGAGGGCCACACUCACGACAUCCUGGCCGCCGGAUUUGACGGCAUGUACACCUACUUUGCCUCCAAUGGUUUCUCCUUCGGCUCCUCCCAUCAGAACUGGAAAGCCGUGAAGAGCUUUUGUGAUGCCAACAACCUCAUGUUCAUUCCCAGUGUGGGGCCUGGCUACAUCGACACCAGCAUCCGGCCCUGGAAUAACCACAACACACGGAACAGGGUCAAUGGCAAGUACUAUGAGACGGCCCUGCAGGCGGCCCUGACAGUGAGGCCCGAGAUCGUCUCCAUCACCUCUUUCAACGAGUGGCACGAGGGCACCCAGAUCGAGAGGGCCAUUCCCAAGAAGACUCCGACUCGCCUGUACUUGGACUACCUGCCUCACCAGCCCAGCCUGUACCUGGAGCUGACUCGCCGCUGGGCAGAGCACUUCAUCAAAGAGAAGGAGCAGUGGCUGAUGUGAGGGGCCUGACGCAGGGCACCAGGUGCUGCCGUCCCAGCCACACCGGAAUCCCGCCGCCACGUGGGGCUCAGCUGAGGUUACAGGCCCUUGCUGUCCCCACCCCCGGUCAGCGGCUGGGUGCUUCUGGGUGGACCAACGAGCCUGGGCCCGUGUGGGAACAGAGCCUGUUCCUCGGGCAAGUGGUGCUGGGGCUGCUCUGUGGUGACGGGAAACUGGGGGUGUUCUGGAGAGGGAACUGUAUGUAGAAGCUGGCAGGAGGCUGGACUUAGCCCAGGGAAGCUUCACAUCCCCAGUCAGAGCACUUUACAAUGAUCCCUUCGGCUUCAACCUCGGCAGGUGGGUGUGGUGGGGUGUGGUGGCUUCGCCAGCCCACUGCAGUCAGAAGGGCGUCAGGGUUCUGGGCUAGCAUGCACCCUCCCCCUCCUGCCAGCCUGUCUUCUCUUCAGGCCUCCUCCCAACAUCGCCUAUUUUCUCCAAGUUAGGGGACUGUAUCUGAGACUUUCUAGAAGGGAAAUGCUAGGUUUAAGCUCUUCCCAGUAGGUUCCUGGACCCCAUUUUCAGGAAAUAAUCCAGAGCAGCCACACAUUCAUCAAACAGACUGAGCAUGUUACUGCGUGCUGGGAGCAGAUGACCAGGAGCCGUUCCUGUCUCCGGCUGCCUCCGGGACCCGGCUUCCCUCAUCUGGUACGGCCUUGUGGCCAGUGCUGAAGCACAGCUACGGGGUCUCCUUUUCGCAGUUUGCCCCCAGCUAGUUGUUGUUUCUUCCAAGAAAAUACCUCUGUGCUCAAGCCGUUUUCCCAGAUGAACAUUCAGCUCCAGGGAGAGGCCUGGGACAUGCCCCUCCCUUUAGCUGCCUAAGCUGAACGCGGCCCAUUCACUAGAGCCAUGUUCACUGCGACUGUGAUUUGUACUAAUUAAAUAUGUCGUAUUCUCAAGCAA